AGUGAUCACCCUGUUCUCAACUCCCGCUUCCUAUUAUAUGAGGUGCAGCAAGCGUUCAUGUACGGCCUUCAGGCAAACCUCGCUCUUGCAGCUGUCAUGUCGACACCUGCGCUCAUCAUGGGGCAAGACCAUUGGAUUGGAUUCGUGCAUGAAGGU